AUGGAAGAUUCAGGUCACGAAGCCGACGAAUCCGAAAAAGACCAGACCAUGUCAGAAGGGAGAGAUGAAGAUGAAGAGGAAGAAGAUUGGAGAAUCCCGAUCCGCCAGUAUCUUGACAAAGGUACCUUACCAGCAGAUGUCAAGGAAUCUCGAAAACUGGAGCCAAAAGCAGCAAUGUACAGCCUGCGUAAUGGAAUCCUAUACAAAAGGUCAUUUCUUGGACCUUUGAUGCGAUGUCUAUCACAAACCGAAGGAAGAAGAAUACUACAUGAUAUACAUAGCGGAGAGGCAGGAAAUCAUAGAGGAAGAAGGUCCUUAGCUAAGACGCAAGGAUAUUACUGUCUGAGUAUGUACGAAGAUGCAAAGAACAUAGCUGAGCGCUGCGAAAUAUGUCAACGCUUUGCCAAGAAGAUUAGAACACCAACAACGGAGCUCAACUCAGUUAUCAUCCCUUGGCAAUUUGUCAAAUGA